AUGUCGGCUUACGACAUUACACAGUACAAAACACCUAGCGAACUGGCCGAGCUGGUGAUGAACGGCUCUGAUAGCGGUUCAGAUAGCGAUGUGGAAGUUAUAGCUGUGAUAAACAAGAAGGCUGACAACAACGUGGCACCGGAGCGGCGGAAAAGUGUACCAUCAGAAGAUACUAGCGAAAAGGAGAUCAAGAGAGAAGAAGAAGAAGUAAUAGAAGAACUUCGGAGAAGAACUAUCAAUGUUGCAUUAGAAGAAGAAGUCAAAGAGAACCGGAAUUCAUCUCAAACCAACGUCAAAUCUCCAUUGAAAAUGGCUCCGACGACUACUUCUCCAAGAACCCCCUCCAAAGAUAACAAAUCGCAUAGAGAAAGGUCUCACCGAAGCGGAGCAACUCCCACAAAUUCGGCACCAUCUUCUAAAAAACGGCCCGCCCUCUCUUCUUCAAGUGGCAAGUCAUCACCACGUGAUAAACCUAACACUCCAUCGAAUCAGUCAAUUCUUCGAUUUUUCACGCCGACAACUACCCCCAAACAAAACGGAACACCGUCAAAAACGCCACGAACAGAUUCAAACACUCUAACAUCUCCAAGACGUCCUACAAGUACUAGAACGUCGUCAAGCAUUUUGACAGCUACCGUUUCCCCGAGAGAUCACAAUAGAGAUAUCGCUCAAGCAAACGUAAAAAGCCCCCGCUCUAGAACAGUAUCUUUUGGGUGUUCAACCAGUGAAAACGCCACGUCAUCUGGCCCAUCGACAACACCCCACGGCGCCGCUAAACGUGUACGACCACUCUCGGAGAGUUCUCCACCAAACGGCCCGUCGACAUCGUCUGGCAUACCGCCAAAACGACGGAGUGAGAAUAUUAAUCGUCGAGAUAGUCUGAAUAUUCCAGUCCUUCGCGCCAGGCAAGAUCUAAAUCUAACAGCGUCUUCUUCAACUCCUUCUACUUCUACUUCUACUUCAUCUUCAUCUUCAACAACGAAUUCCAACGCCCGACGGACGAGAACUGAAGGAGUAUCCAGACGAUCAACAGAUAGAGCCGUCCCUCCCCCCACUAGUACUCAACAAAGUAGGCAAACUGACCCGAGAAGAGGAUCAAUUCUGAAACGGAAAGCCACGGAAACGAGUGAAAGUCAGCAAACAAAGGUUAUCAAAACGAUAGUCGAACAAACUGAACCGGUGGCUCCCCCAACAAUUUCCAAUGAUCCAGAUGAGCUCAGGUUGAUCGCUUACUAUAGUGACGAGGAACCAGAGGACCCGAUCACUGUAGAAGACACUGGCAGACGGCAUGAAAAGCUGUUGAGAGUGCCGGUGGCAUUGAUAACGCAUCCGGAUUUAGAAGAAACGAGAUACCCGCCUUCGCGUCGCGGAAACAAGACGAACAAGACUAACAAGAGGAGAAAGAAGGCGUCAGAGGAGACGACGACGGUGGAAACGAGCAAAAAUCUAUCGUAUAGAGUCAAUCGACGAGUGAAAGUGAUUCGAAAGUUUGUGCCGAGAAUACCAAAAAGUUGUUUCGAAGCGCUCAGAGCCAGAGAGUUAGGCUCCUCCGAACGGAAGAGGCCGUUCACUGGAAUUCCAUCGAGGAAGUUUGAUACACGAGACAAUAAGCAAUACGGAAACGGACAAAAAAUGAAUUGGGAUGUUCAGGCGGUUUAUCAGUGUGAGGAUGAUGCGGAAUACUCUUUUGUCUUGUACGAAGGCUGGACGAGCACCUCAAUGGAUAGACAAAAAAAUUCAGAGUUGCUAGUGACAUCCAAAGAAAUGCUUGAACUGGCAGUCAUAAGAGACACUUUUCUCGCAGCAUUCAAAAAACGUGCCGAACAAAAAGCCAGAGAGUUUGUCGCGAAGAGCGCGGAGAAAGGUGAAGUUGUUUCAUUUGAAACUGCACUGGAGAGGUUCUACAACAAAUGGGCGCCACCGAGAGAAACAUGGAGACCGUUUUGGCUUCAUGAAGAUGUGACCUACUUUCACACUUUGCAUCAUAAAGAGCAUAUACUCGGUCCGAUUUGGUACAUGGACUUGAUCAACGCGUCGGCAGAAAAACCACCCGAGUAUGGGUACACUGCUGUGAAUAUUCUGACUUACGAGGCAUACAUGCACUGCAAAAACAGUUUGGCCAGCUUGCCAUUCGAACAAUUGGCCGAGAAGAUUAUCGGCAAGAACUACGUAUUUCUGCCAGCAAGCGAAGGGUCAUGCGAGAAUUUAGCAGGAUGCAAAUGUACUGCUAGAUUCGAGUUACUUUACGGCGCACACAAUCCGAAUAAUGUCUACACGACAACGAAAGAAAUCUUACUUCAAAAAGACGGAACCAUCGAUUUGACUGGAUACUAUUUCGAUCUCUCCAGAGUGAUUGUGGAGUGUUCGGACGAGUGUGGAUGUAGUUGGCGGUGUCCUCGUAGACGACUUCAACAAGGCCAAACGAAACCCGUGGUUGUUUGUCGUGAGCAUGGCAAAGGGUACGGUCUUCGUGCCGCUCAAUCAUUCAAAAAGGGAGAGCUUGUGUGUGAAUACACCGGGAACAUGUUCAUGCUCGAUCCGGACGAGAUUCAUCCUAUUUAUACUAUUCCAUUCCGUACGGAAAAGAUAGAAGAAAGGAAUGCGAAACAGAAGAAACAAGUUGAAGAGCCGCGAAGAGAGGAGAAAAAGGAACCUCCUCGUGAUGCAUCAUAUGAGGCUGCGUUGAAUGUUACCGGCAGAGAAAUGGUUAUUUGUGCGAAAAAUAAUGGAAAUAUAGCCCGCUUCGUGAACCACGCAUGUGACCCGAAUACCGCAUUCUUUGAAGUAGACAGUCGUCGCUAUAUUGAGGAUCCACUGAUUCCACGUGUUGCUAUAUAUGCCAUAAAGGAUAUCGAAAUUGCUGAGGAGAUCAAUGUAGCCUAUUGGGAUCCAUUAUUGAAGUAUUCAAAACUGUCGACCUUGGAGUGCGAUUGUGGAGCCGAAAAAUGUAUCAAAUUUCUUCCUACGGAGAAUACAACAAUUGAUUAA